CAGGUCUCGGUGCUUUCUCGUUCUGCAUCUCAAGAUCGAAGUCCAACUUCCAGUCGCUCGCUAGCAUCCAAACUCUAGGUCUUUGUACCACCGACACUCGUUCAACCAACAAUCAAUAUACCCAGAACCUCUUAAGUUCUCUAAUUCAGAAACUACCCAAUCCAACCAUCAAAAUGAAGUUCGCUACCACCGCCGCUGCCGUCGCAGCUCUUGCUGCCUCUGCCUCUGCCGCCGCUGUUACUACCACCACCGGCGGUGCUUGGGACGACUGGGGAUCAUCCACCACCACCAGCACCAAGGCCACCACUACUACCACCACCACCACCAAGGCCACCACCACCUCCGCUGCUCACGGAUCUUGGGAUGACUGGGGUGCCAGCACCACCACUACCACCAAGGCUGCCACCACCACCAGCGCUGACGGUGCUUGGGAUGACUGGGGAAGCAGCAGCAGCAGCAGCACCACCAGCUCUGCUCCCAAGAAGCCUACCACCACCACCGUUGCUACCACCAGCUCUGUCGGUUCAUGGGACGACUGGGGUGCCAGCACCACCACCACUCCUGGUAAGAAAUUUUCUACUACGUCUACCAAGGCCUCUACCACCACUUCUGCCACUGGCACCUGGGGCGACUGGACCCCAGACUACUACACCACUGCCACCGUGACUGCCAUCACCACCUACUGCCCAGAGGCCACCACCUUCACCCACGGCUCAAAGACAUACACCGUCACCGGUCCUAGCACCGUGACCCUAACCGGCGGUCCUUUCACUGUCACCGUCCCCGUCUACACCUCAACCUCAACCUCUUGCACUGAUGCCAGCACCUGGGCUGAGUGGACCUCCACCUCCUCCACCCCUGUCGCUGCUUCGUCGACCAGCACCGGCAAGGCCUCCACCAGCACCGUCACUGGUGCCUGGGGAACCACCGCCACCCCUGUUGCUGCCACUUCCACUGCCAGCUCUGCCACUGGCACCGGUGUCUGGGCCGCAUACUCCGCCACCUCCGUCUCACCUGCUGUGUACACUGGCGCUGCCAACGCCCUUGCCAUCAACAUGGGCGCUGGUCUUGCUGGUGUUGGUGCCAUCGCCGCUUUCCUCCUGUAAAUGGUGGAAGGUCUGCAUUUGAACUUCUCUUGACAACCGUUUCCUGGAGGCAUGGGGACAGCAACACUUUCUCCCGGUCAGCGCCGGAUGCCAUACGUGGCGCGCGCAUCAACCAUCUUUACGGCAUGGGCAAGGACAAGACAUGACGACAUUUUGGCAUUUGACUUGAUUUACUUCAAGACGGCGUACUGACCGACGUUGUUGGGCCUAUUGCUGGCGGGUGACCCACCUCCGCAGGACUUCCUGGGUCUGGUCAUUUUUUAUAUUAAUGAACAUUUACUUGUUUUUUGAGGGUAGCAUUGCAUUGCGUGUUCUCGGCGGGCGCAUCCAAAAGAAAUGUCAAUUAUUUUCCAAGUUAUCGAAGACUCUCUUCUGUACUUAGAUUUUCUGUAUCGUGGUCGAGAAUAUCAAUUGCUAUGCCCUCACAAAAA